GCCACGUCACCUACAGGAGAGGAGAGCGCUCGCGCACAGCGCUGUACUGUAUACCGUGGCUUGGAAAUCGGAGGGGUGUGUAUACUUAUACACAUCUCAUCAGGAGCUGUAGGGUACACCGUGCGGACGCACAGCGGUGUGUGUGUGUGUGUAGUGCGGAGACCCAUCAGCAGGACCGGGAGAGAGAGAGUGUACACACACAUCUGGAGAUCAGAGGAGACACCCCUGAGGAUCACCGUCCACAGUCUGUAGUCCGGGGGGCAUUUAUUAUCGCUCUUCAGUGUGUGUGUGUGUGUGUGGCUGAUUAACGCGCCAGGAUGAACGUGUUCCGUCUGGCCGGUGACGUGUCACAUCUGCUCGCCAUCAUCAUCCUCUUCGUGAAGAUCUGGAGGUCCAAGUCCUGCGCAGGUAUCUCAGGGAAGUCCCAGGUGCUCUUUGCAGUGGUUUUCACCACCAGGUAUCUGGACCUGUUCACCGUCUACAUUUCCUUGUACAACACCAUCAUGAAGGUGGUGUUCCUGAUCCUGGCCUAUGCAACACUGUAUCUAAUCUUCAUGCGCUUCAAGAACACAUACGACAGAGAGAACGACUCGUUCCGUGUGGAGUUCCUGUUGGUUCCUGUCGCUGGGCUUUCCUUCCUUGAGAACUAUGCCACCACUCCACUGGAGAUCCUGUGGACAUUCUCCAUCUACCUGGAGUCGGUGGCCAUCCUGCCCCAGCUCUUUAUGAUCACUAAGACGGGCGAGGCCGAAACUAUCACCACGCACUAUCUGUUCUUUUUGGGACUGUACCGCGCCCUCUACCUGGCCAACUGGGUGUGGCGCUACCACACAGAGGGCUUCUUCGACCAGAUCGCCGUCGUCUCCGGAGUGGUGCAGACCAUUUUCUACUGCGACUUCUUCUACCUCUACUUCACCCGAGUGCUCAGAGGAAGUGGGAAGAUGUCUCUGCCAAUGCCAGUCUGAGGGCCUCUUUUGGCUCCGCCCCUUGCAGGUUUUUCUGUAUCAGCGUUUCUCACUCCAUCAACUUUAACUCCAUUUCACAUUUUAAAAGAACUGCAAUUUUUUAUAGUAACUACAAAUCCCAGCCCUGGAGCUCGGCCGCGUGUCAGGAAAUAAAACAGAGAUGUGCCUUAAUGUACAGCGCAAACCCUUUUUAAAAUAUAUAUAUAUAUAUAUAUAUAUAUCUAAACGCCUUAUUGUUACUCCUUUUGAAGAGAGCACACACACGACAAUGUCUUCCCCUGCCACGUCACUGAGUGUCUGUGUGUAUUUGUGUGUGUGUGUUUAUUUAACCUUGUUGAUUCUUGUUAAUGAGUACGAAACCAGAUACAUUCUACAUAAGUUUUUUGCUUUAUUAUUAUUGUUAUCAUUUGUAUGCACGACCAUGCUGUUAAUAUUCCAUCAGUUAUCAGAUACUGACCCAAUCUGUCUGUCUAUUCUCUGUAUAUACACACACACACACUCCCCUGGCGCGCUGUCGCACUGUGUGCUGUAGUGUCACCGUAUGACGGGUUGUGGUGUAGCACCAGGAAAAGGAACAUGUUGUCACUACAGCUUUGUAGCGGUGGCCAAACACUUAGAGUUAAAACUCAACAUGUACGGUUCUGUUGAGGUCACAUGGGUCCAGAGGUGUGUUAGUUCAUGAUUUAAUAAAGAGGAAAGAAUCGAGGUAACUGAUUGAAUAAACAGCAGGUGUGUGUGUGUGUAUAAGUCAUGAGUCUCACAUUGUGUUAAAACAGGAUCAUAAACACGUUUGUCCUUUCCAAAGACUUGAUCUAAAGUAUUUGUUUUCUUUUUUUUAAUCAUAAAGGGAAAAGCUUUUUGUUCUUAAUUGUUUCUGCUUCAUAUUGAGUGUGUUUUGUCAAUAAAACUUCGAUUUUGAGUGUG